AGCGGAAGUGUUGCCGAGCCCCAGAUUUCCCUCUCAUUUGACCACAGAGGGGUCUAUCAGGCCUGGUCCUGGUUCUGGUUCUCCCGUGCCCCCUUUCCCUGAGCGGGUGCAGCAAUACGGCCUGGGUCUCCACCACGUGGUGUCGGUGUUGGUUCCCAGCUAGACCUGACGGGGCAGCGAGGGGAAGCUCUGCUCCUGGCCGGAGUUGAAGCUGCUGCUGCCGGGGGCGGAGCCGUCCACCUCCCGCUGGAGCUCCAACUGCAGGUCUGACAGCAGAGCAAAUAAAACAAACCUGUUUGGCUUGCUGCAACCAGGAAACCAAUCAAAGAGUCUAACGACAACAGAAAGAGAGAGAGAGAGACUUCAAGAAAGAGAAAAAAAGAAGAAGCAGAGACAUUUCAGCCAAUGACAGAGGACAUGUUUCCGCUGUGAUGGGAGUAGGUGUCUCCUUUCUGCUGACCCUGACAAUGUGGGACUGCUGUGCUGACGAGAUGUGCGCAUGAUGAAUACUGGUCUGACUGAGGAUUGAGAGUGGAUCUUGUGGAUCUCCAGGGCCAAAAUGCUAAGCUUGGAGGGCAUCUUUAGAGAUGGCGUUAUCACACAUGCCCUCCAUUGUUGGAUACUGUAAUACUGUUGGAUUAUUAUCAUAUGGAUCAAGCAUGGAUGCUGUUUGCGGAGGCUAAGAUGUGUGUUUUUCAGAUGAAGUUGGGAACUCACAAAAGCCACCGUGAAGUCAAUAAAUACCGCCUUAAAACUUGAGCCAGAGUGAACAGCUGAUUCACAUAUUCAAAAGAGAGCUUUCACAACUCUCAAAACAGUAGGUCCAUUAUUACUUAAUGCCACACCUAUUUAAAUAGGGACGGACUGACUUUUAAGGUUUGAUUCACAUCACUUCACAAGAGCGGAAUGAUGGCGGCAGCAGGUUCAGGAGCCUCCCUGAGCCCAACAUUGAGUUCCCAGUCCCUCACCAGUGGAGACCUGCGGCUGGUGAACAAGGCCCUCAAAAGACUGGACAAGCUCCACGAGCUGUCCACUAAUCCCCGGCUGGGCCUGAGGAACAGUCCACCAUACCUGCCAGAGCUGGUAUCAGAGACAACAACACUGCUCACACAGGUGUGGGAGCCCUACCGAGGCUCCAGGGCAGCAGGCAGCCAGGUGGCCCGGGGAGAUGAGGCCAAGUACCUGAGGGUCCAUAUCAGAAACCUGCUGGAUAAGGCCGACAGAGCGUUGCUGCUGUUUAAAGAGGGGCGGGAGAAGAUAUUCGAGGAGACAUCCAGCUGCAGGAAGAACUUGACCAAACUGUCUUUGCUGUUCAGUCACAUGCUCUGGGAGCUGAGGGCCAUGUUUCCAGGGGGCAGUUUUCAAGGUGACACCUACAAGCUGACUAAGACAGAAGCUAAGGAGUUUUGGAUGCGUUCAUUUGGAAAAAAGUGUAUCGUGAGGUGGAACAUUUUCAAAGAGCAGCUGUGGAGUGUACACAACUUUGAGGAAGGGAUGGAGUCCAUGGCCCUGAAGUCAACCAUAGAUCUCACCUGUAAUGACCACAUCACUGUGUUUGAGUUUGACAUAUUCACCAGACUGUUUCAGCCCUGGAGGUCACUCAUAAGGAACUGGAACCAGCUAGCAGUGACUCAUCCAGGCUACAUGGCCUUCCUCACCUAUGAUCAGGUCAUCGCUCGUCUGGAACACUUCCUGCACAGACCUGGGAGCUAUAUCUUCCGCCUAAGCUGCACAAGAAUGGGCCAGUGGGCGAUUGGCCAUGUGACCAGUCAAGGUGGCAUCAUCCAGACCAUCCCCCAGAAUACACCUCUCUACCAGGCACUCAUUCAGGGCUUCAAGGAAUGCUGCUACCUGUACCCAGAUGGCCGCGACGUUAACCCCGACCUGACCAGCUUGCAUGAACCGGCCCAGAGGGGCAAAGUCAAAGUUACAGAGGAGCAGUAUGAGCUUUACUGUGACAUAGGCAGCACCUUCCAGCUGUGUAAGAUCUGUGCGGAGAGGGAUAAGGACACUCGUAUUCAGCCCUGUGGGCAUCUCCUGUGCCAACCCUGCCUCACAGGCUGGCAGCAGAAGUCAGCUGACCACACCUGCCCGUACUGUCGCUGCGACAUCAGAGGAACGGAGUCCAUCCUCGUCGAGCCUUACCGGUCAGGCAGCGGGAAGCGGGAGGAUGAGGGGGUUGAGGAUGAAGAGGAGGACGACCAUGAGGACAUUGAACUGAUAGUAAAAGAAAUGGCUGCCCUGAGGAAGCAGGCGGACGGUGGCAAUGAAGCACGUAGAAGACACAAAAACAGACAUAAAUGAAAAGGUGGAGCAACGGGGCUCGGACGGUCCAGUCAAACAGACGGAGACAUAAAGAGAGGGAGGAGUGGAGAGCAGGACUCAGAGAAGACAACGGUGACCCGGCAGACAUGACGAGAACAAUGUCGUCCUGAUAGAAAAGAAACUUCCGCAAAAUAAAGACUCUUUUACGAAAGGGAGAAAUACU